UCCGUCUGAUACACACUAAUUUUAAACUCAUAAAAAGGCUGAAAAUGAAUCAGUCAAUAACUAUAUAAUAACUUGCAACUACUAGUAACGGCAACUUGUCCCCCGAUAGCCUGAUAGCUAACUUUAGUUACGUCAAUGCUAACAACAACAAUAGCUAUUAGCAACAGUCUUCCAGAGUUAGCAACGGUUGCUUUAGCCCAAACUAGCAAAAAAACUAAACAAUUGACUACAAAUUAGUGCAGCUAUAAAGACACAACUUGGCAUGCUAAUUAGAUAACGCCAUUACCUGAAAACAGUUUUUCGCCACAGCUUAUGAAAAUGAGUAGUGGUUCAAAUCAGAGGACUUUGUUCCAGACUUGGGGAGCACCUGUUUCUCAAAACAAAGUUGUGCAACCGAAAAAAGAUGUCAAGAAAGCCGCUGGACGGCACAAAACAACUCCAAGCAACACAGCACAGGUAGCUCCAACACACCCUGCUCGAAGUCCUCUAUGGACUGAAAUAGGUCAGCGGUCCACAUCAGAGAACCCAGUAAGGAAAGAGGACUUUAACCCUGCGGAUGAAGAUGACGAUGAUGAUCUGAUGGUGGUCGCUGUUUAUGAAGCUGAAAGGAGCCUGCAACUUGAUAAUGCAAACUCUUUCCAGGUAUGCCAAUAUGCCAACCCUGAAGGAACAGAGAGCACUGCCCUCUCUCCCAUCCCGUCAGGUGAGCAGACAUAUCCAGAUUUCCCUGGCUUUGACAGCUCCUCAGCUAAGGUGUGGAUUUACCCCACCAACUAUCCCAUCAGGGAGUACCAGCUGAAGAUAUCAGAGGUUGCCCUGUUUCAGAACACGCUAGUGUGUCUUCCCACUGGUCUUGGAAAGACCUUUAUAGCCUCUGUGGUUAUGUACAACUUCUACCGCUGGUAUCCAUCCGGGAAGAUUGUAUUCAUGGCUCCCACCAAACCUCUGGUGGCACAACAGAUCGAGGCCUGCUAUAAAGUGAUGGGGAUCCCGCAGGCCCACAUGGCUGAGCUGACAGGCAGCACGGCAGCAAAGCAGAGACAGGAGGUGUGGAGGACCAAGCGUGUCUUCUUCCUCACCCCUCAGGUCAUGGUGAAUGAUCUGUCCAGACAGACCUGCCCGGCCCAGCACGUCAAAUGUGUGGUGAUUGAUGAAGCCCACAAGGCUCUGGGCAACCAUGCCUACUGUCAGGUGAUCAGACAGCUCGGCGGCCAGACUGUACAAUUCCGCAUCCUGGCCCUUAGUGCAACUCCAGGGGGAGAUACAAAGUCAGUGCAGUCUGUGAUCUCCAAUUUGCUCAUCUCCCACAUUGAGCUACGUUCAGAUGAGAGCCCAGACAUCAAGGCCCACUCCCACCAGCGUAGUGUGGACAAAGUGGUGGUUCCUCUGGGGGAGACCCUUUCUGCUCACCAGGCGCGCUAUCUGCAGGUGCUGGAGAAAUUCAUGUCUCGUCUGGUCCAGAACCGGGUGAUGGCACACAAAGACCUGCGGACUCUCAGCAAAUACCAGCUCAUCCUCGCCAGGGAUCAGUUCCGCAAGAACCCACCACCAAACAUCAAGGGUCCGCAGCAGGGAAUGCUGGAGGGCGACUUUGCCCUUUGCAUCAGCCUGUAUCAUGGCUAUGAGCUGCUGAUGCAAAUGGGGCUCCGAUCGCUCUUCUUUUACAUCCAGGGAAUCAUGGAUGGAUCCAGAGAGAUGUCCAGGGCCAGAAAUGAGCUGCAGAGGACUUCCACCUUCAUGGACCUUUAUCAUGAGAUGGAAACAAUGUUUGUGAAGCCAUCUGCUGGUCUGGAUGAGCCUUUCUUUUAUAGUCAUCCCAAGCUGCAGAAACUGGAGGAGGUGGUGCUGCAGCAUUUCAGACUGUGGGCUGAGAGCUCAGCAAACAACAAUGCCUCAGGUCCUCAGGAAGUAAGCACGCGUGUUAUGAUCUUUUCAUCGUUCCGCGAGAGCGUGCAGGAAAUUGCAGCCAUGUUGAACCGGCAUGCUCCACUGAUAAGGGUCAUGACCUUUAUGGGCCAAGCCUCAGCAGGAAAGGGAGUCAAAGGAUUCACCCAAAAGGAACAACUGGAGGUGGUGUGCAGGUUCCGUCAGGGAGGCUUCAACACGUUGGUGUCGACCUGUGUUGGGGAGGAGGGGCUGGAUAUCGGAGAGGUGGAUCUCAUUGUUUGCUUUGAUGCACAGAAGAAUCCCAUCCGCCUGGUGCAGCGCAUGGGACGUACUGGACGUAAGCGGCAGGGACGCAUUGUUGUCAUCCUGGCUGAGGGACGUGAGGAGAGGACCUACAACCAGAGCCAGAGCAAUAAGCGAAGUGUGCACAAGUCCAUCAUCGGCAACAAAAGCGGGUUCCACAUGUACCCCAACAGUCCCCGCAUGCUGCCCGAAGGGGUGAAGCCCACCCUGCAUAAGAUGCACAUUACCUGUGGCCAGUUUGACCAUCGGGAGAGCAGCAGGAGGUCCAUCAGGGGUCGACUGUCCCACUCUGAGGGACGGGCCUCACUCAUCCACCCUCAAAACCUGAUUCGUCAGGGAAGUGCAACGUCAGACGGGUUUCUAAGCAGGGCUGAAUAUUCCCUCUGGUCGUCCACCAUGAAGCUGCAGGAAGAUGAAGCUCAUCCAAUCCUGAAACAGUCACACUUCAUGUCCCUACCAAGUGAUCAACCACCUCAGGAGGACGUUUCCAAAAGCGGGCCACCACCCAGAGAACUAUCUCUGUGGGAAUGGAGACACUGGCAGCACAAAGCGUUUCCUACUAGUGCUGUUGAUCAUUCCCUCCGCUGCCACCACUUCAUUAAGGUGAUGGAGCUCAUAGACGGCAUGAGAGAGGAAAAUGAGGGAGAAUGUCGUUACGAGCAGGAGCUUCUUCCUUACCUGCACAAAGCGGACGGCCAUGUGAGGAACAGACAGAAGAAACAGAAGGGCACCAAGACCUGUACCAAAACUUCCGACAACACACCCAAACAGUCUCACUCGACAUUGUCUGAUCUGGAAUUUAUCGACGAGGAAGCCGAGAGGGAAAAUACACGAAAGACAAGUUCAGUUUCCACAUUGGCCGUGACAAAACAAAGACUUCCUGUUGAACAUGAUACUGAGGCCCCUUAUGAUAACAUCACAGAUUCCCCAGGACCUGAGCCGAUUUAUUCUCUUCCCCUACACAAUGAGUGUCCAGAAACUGACAUGGAUGAGGACUGUGCCAUUGUUUAUGAGGAUGUCAUAAAAUCUGAGCCUGUAAAUUUAGACAACAUUUCACAUUUGACUGCUAAAAUUGAUGAAGAUGAAAAUGUUGAACUCCAAGCCAUGUUCUACCUUCCUACAUGGGGUUCACUGCCUUCUCCCCCGUCCGCCAUACUCCCCCCAGACGGAGAUCAGAGUCUGAAAGUCAUCCUGGCCAACGUGGCGGAGCUCUUGUCCCGUUCUCCACCGGCACUGACUGAAGAUGUAGAAGCUAAUGUAGCUGCUCCGUCGCUUUCUCCCUUGCCUCAACGGCCUCAUCAGCCCUUCCAGGUCAGCUUUACCCUGGAUGUGGACGACGACGACGACGACGACGACGACGACGACGACGACGAUGAUGAAGUGAUGAUGAGUGACGCUGACAAUGACGCCCCGAGGGCUCACUCAGAUGAACCUCCAGUUGGCAUAGAAGACAGUAAAAUCUAUCAUGAUCGGCCUCAUCAGGAGCUGCAGACUGUCAGCAGGGGCAGCAUAGCAGCAGACAGUCCGACCUGGGAUGAGGUUUUUGGGGAAGAAGAACUAAAUGAUAAUCAUGAAAUAAGAGAUAACAGCAAGGAGACAGAUGACGAGGUUUAUAAGGAGGAACGGGUUGGUAAGAAGAGUAAGAAUGAUAGCGAGGAAAAAGAAAGUUGUUGGGAUGACACGAGGAAUGGGGAAAUGCCAGACUUGAGAGACUGUGGCGUGAAAGACGACAGGGGCUGUCAGAUGGACGAGAGCAUAGAUCUGUUUGGGGAUGACGAAGCCUUCCUGCAGAUGACCAUCCCGAACAUCUCCACUCCUGGCGUCACGCCCAGGACAUCACCCAGUGCCGGAGACAUUGCUAGUAGCACAAAAAAUAUGUUGAACACUUCACGUAUACACACCCCAGCAAACCCAUGUAGCACUACAUACGCAGCUGAAGGCGCACACAGAUUAAACACAGCGCACACAGGUGAUUUAGCUCAUACUCCACACGCCAAGCUGAUAACACAGGACACAAACACACAUAACGCUACAAGUAAUAAUACACACACAGCAGCGGCAAGGAAACCUGUAACAGACAAUUUAAUAGCAAUUUCAGCUCAUUGUAAAUCUCCAACGAUGCAGCAAAAUUCGGAGUCAUUUGACAGCUCCCAUGACAUCUUCUCUGUCAACUUCGACCUCGGCUAUUCACUGGAGGAUUCUGAGGAAGAGGAAGUAGAGGAUGUUCCUGCCCCAUGUAUGUUGACCUCUCUGCAGCCUAAAAAGCAGGCUGUGUCUGACGCCUCCACUCCCUACAACAGCUUCCAUAGACAGAGAAUGCCCCUACAGUUCAGUGAACACACAUUAUCUACCCCACAAAUGCUGUCAGAGCACAGGGGGAGAGAAACGUCCUCUCUUCUGGGCGGUGCGCUCCCAUCUCCGAUUGCAUCGCCGGCAGCCAGGCGGAUGCUUGUGCCCGGUACCGCUGGGCCUCACACACCGUCUUUGCUCUCCAGCUUGAAGCGGAGACGUCUGGAGGGUCGCACCGCCAAGGCAGAGGGUGUGUCAGGUGUGGAAAACAGCUCACGUCAGGAAUCUGUUUGCGUGGCUGGCUCCUCUCCUCAUCCAGUGGAGUGCAGCAGUGACAGUGAGGACGACGUUGUGCUUCAUAAAAGAAGACAUCACAACAACCCAUUGUGGUCCCCGGAAAUGUCAAAGAUCUCCAGUGACGUGGACUCCCCGGUGGUUGUGAACAGGAGACGUGCAGCUGCACUUAACACUUCGGAUGAAAUGGAGGGCGAAGCUGUUUCUGAUGACGAUUUCCAGAACGAGUCCGUGUUCACACGCAGAAACCUAGCACACGGAGCUGAGAGGCAACCGGUCCAACAGCGCAAAGCCAAGCACACCGUAUGUCGACCAGGGCGUCAGUUCCUGGAUGAAGAAGCAGAGCAGGAGGAGGACGAGGAGGGGGCAGAUGUGUCAUCUGACGAAGAUGAUGGAGAAGAUCUGGACCGGUCUCUUGAAGGCUUUGUGGUUGAUAACACCCACUUCUCACAGGGACUGAACGACUCAGAGAUGCACGGUGUUUACCUGAAGUCAGUGAGGAGCCCUGCAAUCCAGGGCAAGUUCAAAAUGUCCUACAGGAAUCAUCACAACAUGGACAUAUUUUCCCAGGUGCCUGAGAUGGAUGAAACCUAUGCAGAGGACAGCUUUGUGGUGGGCAGUGAGGUUGAGGAGGUGGAGGAGCUGAAGAGCAGCGAGGAAGAGGCCGAAGACAUUGAACUUAUGCCCGAGGACUCGUAUGUGGACGGGAAGAGGCAGUAUGCCACCAGGCGGCGUGUUUUCCUGCACAAAGUCAGAGCAAGAGCCCGAGCCGGCUCUAAGACUGCAGCUGAAGCGCCAAAAGAGCAGAGAGCGGGGAUGAAAACCAAGCAUGCCCGUGUCAUACGCGUUUGUGAUUCUAGUGAGGAGGAGACAGAGGAAGUGUGUAAAAAGAGAAGUGUCACAACAGAGGAGGGUGUUGCUGCCCCCUUGUGGCCAAAGGCGGUACAGCUGGAGCCAAGUAGGCCUUGGCAGCAGCAGAAACCCCCCUCAUCCUCAUCUUCAACCAUAGCAUCUAAGGUGUCAUUGCUGAGCAAGGCACAGAGACGCUCGGGGGCUGAUGACCAGCAAAAUGAGAGGUGUUGUCAGAGGCUGGAAAACCAGCAUCUGCUCUCUGAUGAACUGGACUUCCUAGAGCCAGAGCUGCUGUUAUCCUCCAAGAAACAACCCCAGACACUCCCCGCCACCUCCUCAGAACCUCAGAAGCCCUCUGCUCAGGGCUCGUCAGUCAACGAGUCCCCUGCAGCAUCCGGACCCGUUUGCAUUCUGGUGGACAGCCGCUGCAUCAGCAGUGGAGUGGAGCUGAUGGCCAGCCUGCGCCAGCGCCACGCUGCCAUCGUCCACGUUUGCUCGCUGGACGGCAACUACUUUAUCGUCAGCAACCGCAUGGCAGUGGAGAGGCACGGCCAGUCAGAUUUGGCCACAAUGCAGAAUCGGAAGCGAUUGGCUGAAAGAGUGAACAGCUUGCAGGGAUUGUUUGAGCGCGUUUGUCUGAUUGUGGAGAAGGACCGAACCAAGCCGGGUGAGGCGUCGCGUCACUUUCAGCGAACACGAUACUAUGACAGCACUUUGAUAGCGCUGGUGCAUACCGGGGUGCGCUUGCUGUGGAGCGACGGGGCUGAGCAGAGCGCCGGCCUGCUGGCAGACCUGGCGCGGCUGGAGCAGCGUAAAGGUCAGGGCAUCGGCAUACCGCUGGAGGUCAAAGGGCAGCACAGGCAGCAGGCCCUGCAGCUGUACUUGAGCCUCCCCUCAGUAAGCUAUGUCCAUGCCCUCAACAUGAGCCACAACUUCAGGUCAAUUGCUCAACUCAUGAACAGCUCCAUUGAAGCAAUACAGAAGGGAGGCUGUAUGAGUCGAAGCAGAGCUGAGGAGAUCUACCGCUUCCUGCGCUACUCCUGUGACUCCUUACUCAUGAACACAUCAAAACCAGGGAAAAACAGCUAGCGGGCAUUCAUACUCACCAGGGACCAGAGCAUUACAGUUACUGCUCUAUAUGAUGACGAGAAGAGCAACAGGAUAUUGCUUCAACUUUCUUGCACGAUAAAUUGAAGAGGAAACACGGCUCAACUCAACCACAGGUUUCUUGAUGUAAGGCAUACUAUUUUUUUAUCACUUCGGUGAGAAGUGAUUCCCUUAAGACUCAUGUACUGGCACUAAUCCUGUCAGUAUCGUAGCAAUAUUGUGAUCAUAACUCAAUAUUUGACACUUGAAUAACUUAUUGUUUGUCAAAAUAAUGGAUACAUUUGUUUAACCAUAUUCUGAGUUUGAUAGUCAAAUAUCUUUAAUAAACUAUUUUUGUACAUUA